UAAAAGGAACAGGCUGUGGGAAUGACAGAGCAAGAGCUGGAAACAAACAUCAGUGAAGAAUGAAGGCUUUAGUAUGUAUACUGCUGCUGUUGGAAACCUUUGUGUUUGUCGUUCAGCAGCAGGUAGAUGGAGGACUCAAUGAGAAUGAGAUCAGUCAACAGAUCAGCUCUGAGGACGGAAGACAGAAUCCACCUCAAACAGACACUUUGAGAGCUGAAGCUUCAACUGACGGCCAACAAUCCUGCCAUCUGUGCUUCCCUGACAUCCAUGCAGCACUGAGAGAACUGACCGCCACCGUUACAGAGCAGAAAGAAAAGAACAGAGAACUGACCGCCGCCGUUACAGAGCAGAAAGAAAACAUCAGAGAACUGACCGCCACCGUUACAGAGCAGAAAGAAAACAUCCGAGAACUGACCGCUGCGGAUACAGAACAGAAAGAAAACAUCAGAGCUUUAGAGACACAACUGAGGGAACAACAGACGUUUAUCCUGGAAGAGCUGAACAAGAAAAAUGAUGAAAUGUCAAAUCUUACUCUGAGUCAAGUGGAGGAGUUGAAAAAGGAAAAUAGAGACAGAGAAAUAGCUUUUUCAGCUGCACUGUGGGAAUCUGGCUUUGCAUAUGUUGGUCCUUUUACCACUGAAAUCACACUAACCUACAGGAACGUCAUCACAAACAUAGGGAACGCCUACAACCCAGUUACAGGUAUUUUCACAGCCCCACUGAAAGGAGCGUACAUGUUCAGAGUCUCUGUAUAUGGUCAUGGUGGAACUCCAUCAACUGCAUCCAUUUAUAAGAAUGAAGAGCACAUGGUUGUAGCCCAUGAUGUUCAGGCUCAGGAUAAUGAUCGGUUAAACUCCUCAAAUGGAGUUGUGUUGAUCCUGGAGGUUGGAGAUGUUGUAUAUGUGAGACUUGGUUCUGGCAAGAGGAUAGCAGAUAACGGGAAUAACCACAACACUUUCAGUGGUUUCCUACUGUUUCCCUUAAGAGAACAAGAGCUUUGUAGAAUGUGAUUCCAAUAAUUCUGAACCUUCAACAUACGAUUUAAGAUGAAAAUCAUGAAUCUUAAACAUAUGAAUGUUUUGAUCCUUGAUCUGUAUCUCUUUAUCCUACAUAAAUAAAUGGGAGAAUAAAAAAACAUUGUGGCAUU